AUGCAUCGUAACAUGAUGGGUGGGCUACCAGAGGAGACGAGGACGGUGGAGGAGCACAAGAAGCGCAUUGAGAAGGGUGUUGGAAUCGUAUUCGUUGAUUACACGAGGAAGGCAGGGGAUGACGAGGUGGAGUCUACGAUGAACAUCGAGGAGCUGUUUAAGACUGAAAAAGAGGAGAAGAAGAGCAAGGGGAAGCCAAUUAGGAAGACAGUUCACAGGAAGAAGGGCAGUAAGUUGGUGAUAGGCCUGGGAAUGGUAAUUGUGGUUGUAGCAAUAUUAGGAACAAUAGUGCUUCGGAUUCUGAAGAGGAGGUGGAACAAGAAGGAAGGGGAAGUAAAUACUACGAAGUGA